CCGCUCCGGAGGCGGUCCCGUGAUAGGCCCAACCGGACAGCGGGAAGGGCGGGCGGAGCGCGCGCACCUCUUCCGCCCUGGGCCCGGAAGGGUGAUGUGGCUGAGGCACCGCCGACCUCACUAUGUCUGCCAUUUUCAAUUUUCAGAGUCUGUUGACUGUAAUCUUGCUGCUUAUAUGUACCUGUGCUUAUAUCCGAUCCUUGGCACCCAGCGUGCUGGACAGAAAUAAAACUGGACUGUUGGGUAUAUUUUGGAAGUGCGCCCGAAUUGGUGAGCGGAAGAGUCCUUAUGUCGCCGUGUGCUGCGUCGUGAUGGCCUUCAGCAUCCUCUUCAUGCAGUAGCUCGGGGAAAGGCCAGGAUGCAGUCGCCUCAGAUUUCGUUGUGAACAAGGACUUACCUGCAGAGAAUAAUGAUGGGAAGAAUGGCUAGCUUUUUAUCUCCGAACACUGAAUGAGAUAAAUUUCCAGAUGCUGUUCUCUAUUUUUGUUAUUGGACCAAUGCUCUAUAUAAAUAAUUAAGAUGUAGCCACUUCAUACCCAAAGAGUUUAAUGGUAUGUCACAAUCAACCUCAGUACUGUCAUUACAAUAUUACAUUCUGAAAAUGUCAUUCUGUUGUGUCCAGUACCAAUUUUGAAUGAGGUAUCUGUAAGGCACGUCAUAGGAAACAAAAUUGGUAAAUUAUUCCAGUUGUUCUCACUGUGAUUUGGACAUGAUAAAUCUUUAUAGAAAGAUCUUUUUUGGAUUGGCUUUUUUAUUGAGAAAAGUAACUCAGUAUGUGUUGAUAAGAAUUGAAUUCAUGUUUAUAAUGCUUGUUUCUCCUCUGGCCACACCAUUUUGGUCACUAACCAGAGUACCUCUACCAGUAGCAAACUCUGUAGCUUCUUACAGGUGUUUAAAAUAUUUAAAACAAGCCUGUGCAAGUCUUCAGGAAGAUAAAUGAGUCGUGACUUAAAAGUAAUGUUCACGUGUACCAUAAGAGCGUUAAGACUAGCCACCUGGCAGAGUAGCUUCUGAAACCUCUGGUCAAGUGUAGAUAAAUGUCUUCCCAGACUUGACCAGCUGGCUGUCGUGUUCUGAAAUGGACAACAUUUCCCGAAUAAAAAGAGCACUUUUGAAGAAUUCUAGAAUGAAAAUAUACAUGCAGUUUUCAUUCUUAUUAAUGUCAUUUCUUUAAAACUGAAAUAAUCAGUUGCCCCAAAAUGAACUGUAUUUGUUUUUUAAUACAGCACUUUAAACCUAGUUUGUCAGCUUGAACUGGAAUCUCUUGUAUGACUUUGUAGGUGAUAAACAGUUUACAGACUACUUUCCAGUGUGCUACGACAUGCAUAUCCUUUAAUUUUGAUAGUGAAGGAACACCCCCAGCCAUUUUCUGUCUAGGCAAACAUGAAUUACACAUUUUACAAUAAGCCAAUCACUACAAAGUUAUGAUUUUUUUUUUGUGAGAGGCAGACAGAGCUCCCAUCUGCUGGUUCGUUCCUCCGGUGCAUGCAACAGCCUGGGCAAGGCUGGAGCCAGGAGUCAGGAACACAGUCCAGGGCUCCCACUUGGGUGACAGGAACCCAGUUACGUCAGCCACCACCACCGCCUUGCAGGGUCUGCAUUGGCUGGAAACGAGCCAGGUCCAGGAAUCCAAUCCAGGUUUGAUGCGGGACACAGAGAUGUUAAUCACAGUGCUGUCAGUGGUUAACGUUUCUUAAGGCUCAACUCAAAUUCACCUAAAAUUUCAGUGCCGACAGAAGAUUAAAGCUUGAAUUAUCCAGUAUUAAGUAGAUACAGCUCUUAACUUCUCUGUUAAGGUUUAAAAACAAACUUUUUAAAUAAAAUUAUAUACAAAAAACUCACAAAUGACUAUCUCCAAAGUAGCUCUUUCUGCAGAAACAGCAUGAAACUGAAAGCCGCCUAAUUAAAAGCCCUUUUGGAUUACUUGGCAUGGUCUCCGCAAAUAUCUAAAGCAUAUUUUGUGUUGCCUGGUUUGUGUUUUGUUUUGGAGCAGUUUUGACAAAAUAAAAAAAGCUGUUGUAGGUUGUUUUUGGCA